UCUGUACAGAAUUAUACAAAAAAACUAUCAAAAAACUGUCCCACAUAAUUAUCAGCUAUCGAGAAGCACAAAGCAAGGGCGAAGACAAUCUAACGUACCUUGUGUUACUGACCUAAGCGCCUGAAAACGUGCGUGAGCGCGUGACGAUUGGUUUUGGUUUUCCUUCUGAUUGGUUGAGAGAGUGGUUCGAGGUUUCUGCACCAAUCACUAAGCCAAGUAAUGCAACACCUAGAAAUAUCCAAAUUAUUUUAAACUUACAUAAUGAUAUUUACUGUUAUUAAUUAUUAUUCUUUUAUUGCCUUUACACUUACAUAUCCCAAAUCCAGUCUCUUCAGCUUUGAUGUUUUUUAUGCCAGUUUGCGUCAUUCAGCUACAGAAUUAGAAUAUCAGUAACAGAAAAUUGAAAGUGAAAGGUCAAACUCUGGGUAGUUGUGGGUAUUAAGUUCCCGAUGCAGAGUGUAUUUUUCAACGACGUUCUCUCAGAUCACACCAAGGAAUGUACUACACUUGAUCGAGUCUUCUUCUACUCUGGAUACGCAUUAUUCAAGAUGACUGAGUGACGUGAUUACAGAGUGAAGUGGCACGAUUACAGUGACUGUGUAACCACUAAGGACAUUCAUUGGGCACCAAACGCUUCAGGCGAUGUCUUCACAGGGAAAGGAGUCAGAAUCAUCGAGCUCUUCCCAGGAAUCCAGUGGAGGAGAAUUUCAAGAAAAUAGUGAAGCACACUCAUCAUCAGGAAGAUUACAAGUUACUUUUCUGGCAUCAGAAUGGAGAUCAAGUAAAGGAGGACUUUCCACUUUAAACAGAGAGUUAGCAAUAAACGUUGCAAAACGUCCUGAGGUACAGGUCACCUUCUUUGUUCCACAAUGCAAUGAAGAUGACAAGAAAGCAGCUCUUGGCCACAAGAUUAAUCUUGUUCAAGCAAACAGGCUGGUUGGUAUGGAUGAGUUAACAUGGCUCAACUUUCCACCACGUGAUUUACAAAUUGACAUAGUUGUCGGUCAUGGUGUCAAGCUCGGUCCUCAAGCACAAGUUAUACGACAGUCACACCAAUGUAAAUGGGUUCAGGUUGUCCAUAUUGCCCCUGAGGAACUUGGGAUGUAUAAGACAUAUUCGAAUCCAGUAUCAGUGAAUGAAAAAAAGCAUGAAAUGGAAGUCGCACUUUGUAAAAUGGCUGACUUAGCUGUUACUGUUGGACCCAACUUAAGUGAGACUUUUCGCGCUUACCUUCGUGGCUGCAGGAAAGAUAAAAUGGUAGUUGAAUUUACUCCUGGAAUUUUGGCUGAGUUUUCCGAAGUCCACCAGGCUGUUGAUGAAAGGAAAAACUUCCGAGUUCUGGUUUUUGGGCGUGGCGAUGAAGAAGAUUUCGAAUUGAAAGGAUUUGACAUUGCAGCCAAAGCUGUUGCUACCUUAGAUGGCACACAUCUUACUUUUGUUGGUGCACCACAUGGAAAGCAAGACGAGGUUAAAACUCGUUUGGUCAAGUGUGGCAUCCCUGCUCAACGCCUAACUGUCAGAAGCUUUUUACAAAACCGGGAGAGUUUGAAGAACUUACUUUGCGAAGUGGAUCUUGCAAUCAUGCCUUCGAGAACGGAGGGCUUUGGUUUGACAGGUCUUGAAGCCUUGUCAGCUGGUCUGCCAAUUCUUGUCAGCAGAAACUCGGGAUUUGGAGAAGCGUUGAGAAAGGUACUAUAUGGCUCAUAUUUUGUAAUUAAUUCAGAAGAUCCCGACGUAUGGGCAAAAGCCAUCAAGGAUGUCCAGGACAAAGACAGGUUUGACCGUCUUCAGGAGUCUGAGGGAUUGCGUGCGUCAUACGUGAAGAAGUACAGUUGGGAAAGUCAAACUAAAUCUCUCAUUAGUAAGAUGUUCAGCAUUACCCAAGGUUCUCCUGUAGCUAGUCCGAGCUCGACAAGAACAGUACCGACUCAACAAACGGACGUCACAACUGAGCGUCUUCCAGGUACAGUACCCAUCGAAAUCAAAAUAGACAGUGUUACAUUUCAAAAGGCAAAAAGCAGGGAUCCUGUGCAACAAGAGGAAGCCAAGUGGGUUAUAAUGAAGGAGAUGACAAACUAUUUUACUAAGACACAUGCAGAUCGCGUCCCGGUUGCCAACUACUCUCUUUGCCUUCACCACUAUUUGAAUGGCGUUCUCGACGUAAUUGUAAAAGAAGCAAUCGAGGGAAGUUUACUGAUAACAGUGGAGUGCAGGACUCUGGAAAUUCUCGAACGUGUGUGGGAAGACUACUGUUCUGGUCACUUGAAUGCAGUAGCCGAGGAACGCCUUUUGACAGAUGAUAUCAAGAGACGGUUUGAAGUGGAAUCCGUUCAGCUGGAAACAACCAUUUUGGAAAAAGAUUACUUGGCUUGCAAACUGUUCCUAAUGGACAUGUCAAGUGAGUCAACAAUCUGCAGCUUUAUUUCCUGGUUUCCUUGAGUGUUGAUAUUGAACAUUCCACAAUCUAUAGCUUACGAUAUAUUCAGUAUGAUAUUCCGUUUUAUUAUAUUGAGAAGAGUGUUUUAUCGGGAACUAAACCACUCGUAGAUUCCAUACGCCACUUCAUCCGGCACCCGAGUGGUGUAUUU